AAGUGCUGGUUAUGAUAGCUGUAUUGGAUUCCUGUCAGACACUUUAUUAUAUAAGGAAGACAAAAGGAUUUGUACAAAUUCAAUUAUCUCUGCGAUCUGAUGCGGUUUACCCACUGUGGUCGCGACAGUGGGCUUUCCUCCCGUACAAGCCCUCUGAUUGGUCGAGCCGUGCAAUCUUGAUGUCCUUCCAAACCUUUCAAACGUCGCAUGGUAACCGACUUUAAAUGGAAUUAACAUCCGGUCUAAACAAUUUCCCUAAAUGAUCUGACCGUUACAAAAUGGCUUUCAACUGUUAACAGGUCUAACGGAACCGAGAAGACACCUGUGCGGGUCAAGGUGUAAUACUGGGGAUCUCCCCUAGCGGGACUUUGCGGGAUUACGCGAGAGCAUCAUGUUAUAUCGGGCGGUUUGGAUAGACGCCAAAAUGAAAUUUUAGGUAUAUUCUGGUUAGUACUCUCUUGCAAAGGUGGCGAGUGGACUUGAUUGCGUGAACAGCAGAUGUUGUAAAGUUUACGUUUGCCUUGGUCUUGCGUCUAAAUACCAGGUUUAUUAAUACGGGAAAAGGAGGAAGCUGGCAAGAAUGCUGCGUCCAUCAGAAUUGAUCAACUCCAUUUUCGUUCUCUGCUCCCUUUUGCUUCUAACGGAGUGCUCGCUUAUCAAUGACCCUAAGUCGACGAUCAUCUGCCAGCCCGGCCCAGUCUCCUACAACAUGUCGCUGGCCAAUGGCAUUAACGCGGGUGUGUUUACUCCAAUCCACACUACGACCAGCAUGCCUCAGUGCAUCCGGGAAUCCUGCAACCGAAGGGCGGGUCACGUGGCUUUUCUGAUCGAGAACAGCUGCUUUAUGGUCAGUUGUUUCGAAAAGAAGUAUUGUGAACCGGUCGCCAACGACGGGCCUAAUCUGCUGAAGGUGCAGUUAGCGCAUUAUACCUACUUUGAGGCAGCGCCAAACUACACUAAGUUCCCGCACACCAUUUACGUUAAGGAGAAUAACGAUAUUGGUCAGUUCAUUAUCAACCUUCACGCAAAGACGCAAAGUAGGGAGGCAGGGCUGAACGCCCCCGUGACAUUCUCCAUAGCGGAAGGUAACGAGGAAAGUAUCUUCAAACUUAUCAACUACCCUCGUAAUAACAGCGCCUCGCUGAUCCUUCAGCGUGAACUCGACCGUGAGGUCGCAUCGGGGUAUAACCUUACUAUCAAAGCUCUCAACAUCCACGAGAACAAAUUCCGACUCGCGCAUAUACGGAUAGUCGUUAUCGACGAGAACGAUAAUGCGCCUACUUUCCCACCGAGUGGAUAUCACACGACGAUAUUCACCAACGUUACGGAAGGGCAGGAGAUAUUCAGAGUUAAUGCGAUUGACGUAGACACAGGAGAUAAUGCAAACAUCAGGUAUCAUCUGCUGAACCAUCAGCAGUUGUUCAGUAUAAUGCCCAAGACUGGUGUCCUAGUGAAGACUAAGGAACGCUUCGCUAUUGAUAGGACUAGGAACUUUACGGUGAUCGUCGUUGCGAUUAACGGCGAGUUCAAGAACGUUGGCACUGUCACGAUUACCGUGCACCCUGUGAACGAGAGGAGACCGACUUUUCUGAAGCGGAAUUACGAGGUGAAGGUAUCGGAGGCCGUGCAAGUAGGUACAUCGGUAGCGAAGGUUUUCGCCGCAGACCCGGAUUACGGAAAUUUAGGGAAGUUAAGGUACUCGAUUCUCACCGAGAGCUGUCCUUUCUUUGGUAUCGAUGACGAUGGAGUGAUCAGGAAUGUGCAGCCAUUGACGCGGCAUGGGGGUGAGAAUUGCACGUUAGAGAUCACAGCUCAAGAUAGCGGGAUACCACCCCUCGAAACACCACGCCCUGCUACGGUUAGCAUCGUUAUAGAGCCUGUCGAGAAUCUCAAGUUCGAUGUACCGGUGUACGAGAUUUCCAUCCCAGAGAAUAUCAUCCUGGGCUCUGAGAUUCUUACUGUAAGAGCCGUUGCAGGCUCGGGGAAUCGGAGAAACCCUCGGAAGAUUGUUUACUCUAUUGAGAAUAUCGACGGUGCGUUGAGCUUUAAGAUUGGUAAACACACAGGCAGAAUUACGACAAGGACUCACAUCGACUAUGAGAAGACCAAGGAGUAUAGACUUAAUCUCGUGGCCAGAAACAGGAAGGAGAUAGACAAAGCGCUCGUUAUCAUCAGAGUCGACGACCUGAAUGACAACAAGCCGCGCUUUGUUCUCCCCGUCUACAACAAGGUCAUCAGCGAGAACACAACAGUCGACGCGACCAUCCUACGAGUCACUGCCAACGACGCGGACUCAGGCGAAAACGCGCGGCUUAACUACGCCAUCGAGACCGGAAACACGAACGAUACGUUCGCCUUGGAUACCAGCACGGGGGAGCUCAGGCUUCAUAAGUCUUUACGAGGAAAACACUACUACUUCUAUAACCUGACUUUGACCGCGAAGGACCAGGGCGAGCCGGCCAUGACCUCUGACCCCGUUCACGUGUUCAUCAAGGUGCAACGUCAUGAUUCGGGGCCGACAAAGCGGCCGACAUUCCCAGUACCCAUCUACCUGGCCACCGUCAAUGAGAGCACGCCGCUGUACACGGAGAUAUUGCGCGUGCGGGCGCGGAAUGAGAGGAAGUACGAGGGAAGCAUUAGUUAUUUUCUGAGUCAUAUUUCCGGUGGCGAUAAAGAGGGCGAUGUUGACCUGCACUUUGGAGUGAAUUCCCAGACGGGCGCCAUCAGACUAAACAAGAAGCUGGAUUAUGAGAAGACCAAGAGAUACGUGUUCCUUGUGGGGGCUAUUGAUGUGCGCACUGCCUCGCCUGUGGAUACGGUUCUGGUGCGGAUCCUUGUUCAGGACGUGAAUGACAACAGACCUGAGUUCUAUCAGUACAGGUACUCACGAGUCUUCUUGAAAGAGCCGCCGCUCUACUACGCCGUAGACACCGUCAUGGCGAAAGACGCGGAUUCGGGACAAAACGGCAGGCUGUCUUACUGGAUAUCAGGCGGUAACGAGGGAAACUUCUUCGCCAUCGACUCCAGGACGGGCGUGGUAAAGACGUCACGCAUGCUUCAGCGUCAAACUCUACGUCUGUUCAACUUGACCAUCUCAGUCGCCGACCAAGGUUCUCCACCAAUGAAGAGUGAAAAAGACGCACUAGUACAGGUGCUGAUCUUCCAUCCUAUCAGCCUCCACAUGACGCUAGUCGAGACGAGUGAGACCACGAUGAGACUGCAGUUCAACCUCAAGUACAUGGACAUCAACAAUAUCAAGACCUUUGGCGUUAUAGUACAGGAAUAUGUCAACCACGACAGCUUCGAGAUGUAUACGAAGAGGCCUCCGCUGACCUGGUUCCUCGUGCACUUCAUCCAGAAGGAGAAUCAAUACAUGCACCGGUACGUGUCCCUGGAAGUCGAGAACUCGCUGGAGAUCAUGUCCAAGUCCAUGCUUGAGGUCAUUAUCGGUAACGAGAAGAAUUGUGACGACAAGAGUAGAGCCAAGACGAUAUGCAACGGCCCACUCUCAGCCGGUGCUAAGUACAGGUUUCAGUUACGCGUGCACCUUAAGAGCAGCGGGCCCUUCAGAGACAUGUCAUACAAGGACAGUGACUUCUCCGACGCCUUCUUCACAGGGAUCAGCGCGGCGCAAGAGACGUACAAGAAAGAGAGCAAGCGGAACUAUGACGCUGUGGUGUACACGGUCGGUACCGCGCUUAUUCUCGUCAUCGUGCUCGCAUUCCUGCGAGGAUUCUACCGUCUUAAACUUGACCGAAAAAGAAUCCACGAGGAAAAGAAGAGAAAAAUCUCGUACCCCGUCAGUAACCCUCGAUUCCAAGACCCCGAGUCUCCGGUGGAAAAAAUUAAGACCCCGGGACAAGGGAGAAAACUUGUUGUCGUGAAUGCAGAGAAAGGCUCAGAGAUGAGCAGAAGCGACGAGGACGAAGGCUCGUCACCAGACUCCGCUCUAGACGAGCGAACAAAGUCCAGUCGCGAACGGAAGCCAACCCUGCAAGAGAUAAGACUCAAGAGCUAUUUCCACUCGGUGGAGUCCGACUCGUGCCAGUCGUGCGAAGGGGUGAAGGUGUACUACAUGCAAGACGAAAAAUAACUCACUACCGUCACCAUGGCAACAAGUCGCCGUUUACGGUUUGCCAUUAAGUAUCGUUUGUUUCAUGCAUUGACGCCGAGAACUGUCCUCUCAGAACUAUUGGUAACAAAUUUGGUUAGGAAUUUGAAAUAGGCUGGGAAAUGAGCAUCAAGGGACAUAAUUUCAUCUUGAAUGGGCCAUUCUCCAGAGGUUCCAACGGAUUUGUAUGGCGAAAAGGAGGCUUUUGCAGGUUGUAGUCUUAUUUUAUCUUGACAUAAGCACAUUACCUCAUUGCUACAAGGCGUUUGAAAAUUGUUGUAAACCAGCUCCGACCCCCCAAUGGCGGAAGAGGAAUAUGCGCAAAAGUAUUGCCGCGCUUAGGCACGCAGUUUUCCCUCCAUCGCACAUUUGUGUAAGCCUUGUUGUGUUUCUAAAUUAGGCAAAAGUCCUGCGCUGUGUGUGCUGCUCUUUCAAUAUGGUCUAUUCGUAGUGGGGUGGGGUAGAGGGAGACAGACUUUGUAGUAUAUUUUACUGUAAAAGCUGGACAAUAUCUUGCAGGACAAGUGUUUAAAGGUCCAAGUCUGUACCAACGAUGGAAUAUCCAUCCGUUUUUCUUUUUCAAAGUGCUGUUAAUCUAAACGAUGCAUUUUCUUAUAAGCUGGUCUUGUAAAGGGUACUUCAAAAUCACAACAAAAUGCAUCUGCAUAAUAGGCAUCAAUAGACCAAAAUUUGUUUCCAUUUAUUUUACAAGGGAAAGGAAGGACCACCUAGUCAAAAACUCAAGUUAUGUAUAUGUGUUUUCACUAGUCAAACCAAAAAUAGAUCUGGGUCAGUACGCAGCUCUUACAAGCUGCAAUUUGAUUGGGCAAAGGAACAAUAUCCGCACCUCGACACAAAGAACGAGAAGAAUAGAGACAAAAGAACUUCUUUGUAGAGCAAAGAUAAUAGGAGACAAAGCAGCUGCGUACUUACUCAAAGAUCUCUACAAGAUGUGAUUCCAUGGUCGGCACAUACUUUGCCUUCUUUAUCAAGCACGCACUGGGCACAUUUUUCUAUAUUAUCUAUUUAUGUACUUGAACUCGCUUACAUCUUUUGGUUCAGAGGGGCUCCAAAACCUAGCUUCCCUAGCUUGCUUACGGGCGUAUUCGACAUUAGCGAUGGGUCGGUUUGCAUUCGUAAAUUUGUUUUGCUCAUCUUUGGUUUUACAAGGUUUUUUCUAAAAGACUUUUUAAAAUAAUCUCAAAGAGAAUUUGUUCAGCUUCAUGUACAAAAUACAUGAGUACAGGAUAAACGCUGACAAUGCAUUAACAGUGUUGCCUUUUGACAGUUUGUGGAUAAAAAAAAGCUUUCUAGCCAGUGGAUGGAAGCUUUUUUAUUCCCUCUUUGUUGAUUUAUUACUGAAAAGAAGAAAAAAAACAGCAUUAUAUAAAAUACCGAUAACCCAAGAAGUCUUUGAAAAUUGCUACAUUAUUUAUUAUAUGUAGAAUAGGAAAAAUUAAUUUACAGUAAAUGAACAGAUAUGUAGUUAUUGUAUCAAUAAGAUUGUAAUAAAAAAGUCUGGGUACUUA